GUGCCCGGCGCGCGCUCUCCGCCCGCUCCGGCUGCAGCGCCCGCUGCAUCAAUAAUUCAGAGCGGCGGCGGCGGCGGCAGCGGCCGGUGCGGGCAGGAGGCAGCAGCAACAGCGGGAACCAAGCAGCAGCGGCUAUGUAUCCAAGUGCGGCUGGGCAGCAGCGGUGUCCCUGAGGCCCGGGCGGGGCUCCGGGAGCAUCUCGCUGGGGGACGCUUGCCCCAGAGUGCGAAGAAAAACAGUAGUGUCCAGGGCGGUGUCGGUGGACCUGCGCACGGAGCUGAGGAGGCGACUUCGGAGCAGGGCUGGGGAGGGGGGGCGGCUGGCGCAGGCAGCCCCCGGGGUGGGGGGCGGGGUGGGCGCCGGCGGCGCGAUGCUGGGCGUCGUGGAGCUGCUGCUGCUGGGGGCUGCGUGGCUGGCAGGCCCGGCCCGGGGGCAGAAUGAGACCGAGCCUAUCGUGCUGGAGGGCAAGUGCCUAGUGGUGUGCGACUCCAACCCCACGUCCGACCCCACAGGCACAGCUCUGGGCAUCUCUGUGCGCUCCGGCAGCGCCAAGGUGGCUUUCUCUGCCAUCAGGAGCACCAACCACGAGCCGUCCGAGAUGAGUAAUCGCACUAUGAUCAUCUACUUCGACCAGGUACUAGUGAACAUCGGGAACAACUUUGAUUCAGAACGCAGCACUUUCAUCGCCCCGCGAAAAGGAAUCUACAGUUUUAACUUCCACGUGGUAAAAGUCUACAACAGACAGACCAUCCAGGUGAGCCUCAUGUUAAACGGGUGGCCGGUGAUUUCAGCCUUCGCUGGUGACCAGGACGUGACCCGGGAGGCCGCCAGCAACGGAGUCCUAAUCCAAAUGGAGAAAGGCGACCGAGCAUACCUCAAGUUGGAGCGGGGGAACUUGAUGGGGGGCUGGAAGUACUCAACCUUCUCUGGAUUCCUCGUGUUUCCCCUCUGACUGGCUCGUAGCCUGAAUGGAGGUGGGGGGAGGGAGGAGUGAGAAAGAGGCUGAAAUUAAGAGGGCAAGGAAGCGGCAGCACUUGAAGCUAUCCUACGUGUUUCCUAGCUGCCUCGGGGUAACAAGGUGCGCGCCCGGCGGCCCGACAACUUUGUCCUUUUCCUUAUUAGGAGAAGUAAAUUCCGCUUAGCUAUGCGCACUCCCAUUUCCAAAAAUAAACUCGCCUCCCCCUAUUCCAGUUGCAGUAAUCAAGAAAGAGACUGCCUUGUCAUUGUUUGGCACCACUAUGUCCAUGUUUCCAAAAAUUUAUUUAAAAGAAACUUUGCAUUUAACUAUAUAAUGUGAAAUCUUUAUUCCUAUGCCCUUAUCCUUCCACGUAGUGAAAAUCUAAUAUGUU